AUAAUUGUCAAUGCCACCAACGAUAAAUUGUCACAUGAUUCAGGCACUCCAGCAAUGAUCGCCAGGAGAGCAGGUCCAGUGAUGAGAAAAGAAUGUAAGGACUACAUCCAGAAGCAUGGAACUCUUCCAGUUUCAAAAGCGUUCCUAUCAGGUGCAGGACAGCUAAAAUUUAAAAAGAUUAUUCAUGUUGUUGGGCCCUCUUGGCUAGAAUACACAAACAAGCUAGAAUGCCUGAAAGAUUUAGCAAGAACUGUAACUAACCUUUUAGAGAAGGCCAAAGAAUGCAAAGUCAGAACUGUUGCCAUUCCCACCAUAAGUUCAGGUAUUUUCAGAGUACCAAAAUCCUUAUGUGCUGCAAUGUAUCUGAAAGGCGUCUUUGACUUUAGCAAACAGAAGAAGUUUGGGUCACUUAAAGAGCUCCACAUUGUUGAUCUAUCUAUGGAAGUCCUUGAAUUAGUUAAGGAAAAGUAUCAGCAUUACUUAACUUUUAAACAGGCCAUUGAUCCAGCGUGGUUGGUUGUAAGAUACCACAGUGAGGAAGAAACAAAGACAACACAAAGUAAAACAACAACAUCAACACAGGCCUCAAAGUUGUCAGAGAAAACCCAAGACAAACCAAACAGAGGACAAGCUUCUGUAUCAAAACCAAAGGAAAAUAAAAAUUAUGAACACCCUUCAAUGAAAUCCACCAAGAUAGGCAAUGUUUCUGUUUUCAUAUAUACAGGCGAUAUUGGUACGCUAUCAGAUUUAGACGUCGCAGUUAGUAGUGAAAAUCCACAUUUCACAGGAAAAGGUGGUCUUGCAGCUACCUUUCUUUCAAAGGGUGGAAAAAAGUAUAGAGAAGAACAUGAAAAGUUACAAAAAAGUGCACCAUAUUUUUUAUAUAGCCAAGUAAUGACCUUGGGAUAUGAUAUGAGCUUUAAGAAAAUCUGUCAUGCCAUUAUCGUUGGCUUUUCAAAAACAAAGCCAUUGCUAUUUCACCACCACAGGCACUAUACGAAUUUUGUUUGUGGAAUACUAUUUGAAGUGAACAACUUGGCAGGACAAUCAUUUGGAAGAAAAAAGAGCAGUAUUCAGUCAAUUGUUAUGCCACUUCUUGGAGCAGGUAAUCUUCGGGAUCCGAAUACUAUCCAAACCCUUUGUAGUCUUACUCGUGAUGCAAUUGAAUGGUAUGCCAGGUUCAAGCCCUCAAAUAUUACACAAAUAUAUCUUGUUAACAUGCAGGAUGACUUCACAAAAAUGUUGGAAGCAACCUUUAAACAGACAAGCUUAAAACUUCCUAUUUCUGGAGGUAACGUUAAAAAAACCUUAAAGUUUGAUUCUAGGCCUUUUCAAUACAUUUACACUUGGAAGGUACCAUCAAAAGAUCAAUCAGUUAGCUUGGCGGACUUCGUAAAGCAGUCAGAAAACACCCAAGACAAUAGCUGCAUCAUCUGCAUGGAUGAAAUGACGAAACCUGUUGAAUUUACUAGAUGUCAUCAUCAGUUCUGCGAGGAAUGUAUUGUUGGAUAUUUUUCUGUAAAACCAGUUUGCCCGUCUGUAAUACCGUGUACGGAAAACUUUAUGGAAUUCAACCUGCCAACGGAGAAGCUAAAAUUUUCAAGGACACGAAAUCACUGCCUGGAUUCCCAAAAACAGAGACUUUCAUCAUCAGCUACGAAUUUCCGGACGGGAAACAAGAGGAAUGCCACUCAGAACCAGGUAAACCAUAUACUGGGACACAAAGACAGGCUUAUCUUCCAGACAAGGAGGAGGGCAUGGAAGUUCUGAAUUUACUGGAGAAAGCCUUCAAACAGAGAUUGGUGUUCACUAUAGGUGUCUCUCGCAACACAGGGAAAGAAGGCGUGGUUACUUAGAAUGACAUUCAUCAUAAAACGAGGCGAGAUGGAGGUUUAGAAAGAUUCGGAUAUCCAGAUGAGGAAUACUUAUCACGAGUGAAAGAAGAACUUAAUGUGAAAGGAAUUACUCUUUCGUCAUGAAAUAUUUAAUUUUAAAAA